UUGGGGGCCCCCGAACUACUGUGCCCUGGAGCCGGAUUUGGCUCCUGUUGCGUAGUAGAGGGAGAAGCAGUCCCGAGUGGGACGCCACCUCGCCGGGAGUCCCUAAGGGUGCGGGAGCUUGCGAGGGCGUGCCCUUGACUUCCAGCCUCGGUCGUCUCGGGGGGGACGGGGCUGCCCUGGAGUCUCGGAUCGGCGCUCGUGCUCCGCUGGGACAGCUCCUAGCUGGAUUAACAGUUCCCAGUUGGCUUCCACCCUCAGAGUCCCUGGAGUGGGGUUACUUGUCUGGAAGACCUGACGCUCAGCAGUCGCUCACUACUGGCGUGUUUAGAUCGCGGUCUAGCCGGAAGGGAAGGAGACUGCCGAUUUUAAUGCACAUUUUUAGUCAAGCUUGUGUGUGGCGAUAUAAACCGAGUGGAAAUGGAGAGAUUUGGGGUUGGCAAUUUAUGCUGACGUCCGGGAUUGUGGGUUAGGUGCGAGCCGUUGGAAGCAACCGGCCUCCCAAGCAAAGACUCACCCAUCGUUCAUUGGCUCUCCACCAGACUGGCGUCAUUCUCACCGUUUCACGAUGAAACAAAAACUCAGGGACUAUGAUCUGUUCAAGGCCAUCCAGGCAGGGUCUAACACAGACCAUGGGACCACAAAAACCAUGCCCUGACCCACCACCAGCACCACAAAUUAGCAGGAACUGAGCUAGGGGGUCCAUCCCAUUUUAACUCAAGACAUCAAGAGAGCAUACUUAACUGGUCCCCAAAAGAAGGACCUAAUAGGCGGGCGGAGGUCUGAAAGGGGGGAGGCCUGCGGCCCCUCUCAGUCAGUGGCUGGAAAGCAAGUCUGGGCCCCCAAGGUCAGUGACUGUGUUGUCUUCACCCCUGCCCCCCAGGUUGGCAGUUAUAGCUGAGGACCAGAGCCACCUGGGGAAGCUGGGGCCUGUGAUCUGAUCAGCACAUGUAUGGGCCUAGUGACAACCUUCUGAACAACCUUAGUAGCUGGCAACGCAAGAAAGGCCUGGGGACCUGGGAACUGUCAGGAGAUCCAUCCCUGAAGACAUGAAGCUGGGGGUCCUCCUGUGUGGCUUAGGAAGGGCAGGGGCCACCCGGGCCUUCAGCUCCUGGCCACCCCAUUCGCCUUUGACUGGGCUGGUGAGUGCAUCAGAGCUGGUGGGCCACUGGACAGCAGUCUUUGAAGAGCGAGGCAUCCCCGAGGCCCGGCAGUCCAGCGAGUACAUUGUAGCGCACGUCCUUGGAGCUAAAACAUUCCAGAGCCUGAGGCCGGCACUUCGGAGCCAGCCCCUGAGCCCUCGGCAGCUCGGGCGCAUCCAGGAGCUGAGUAGUCAGAGGCUGCAGAGGAUGCCAGUGCAGUACAUCCUCAGGGAGUGGGACUUCCGGGGCCUCACUCUGAAGAUGGCGCCUCCAGUGUUCAUCCCUCGGCCAGAGACAGAGGAGCUAGUCACCUGGGUGCUGGAGGAGGAGGCCCGGAGGCCGCAUGCAGGGGGUGUUGAAGGCAGCCCCCUCAUCCUGGAGGUGGGCUGUGGGUCGGGAGCCAUCGCACUCAGCCUGCUGAGCCAGCUCCCCCAGAGCCGGGCCGUUGCUGUGGACAAGGGGGAAGCUGCCAUCUGCUUGGCCCAGGAGAAUGCUCAGAGGCUCCAGGUGCACCGCAGGAUUCAGAUCACCCCCGUCGACGUGACACUAGAGAGGAACUGGGCACCCCUCCUGCCCUGGGGCCCCGUGGACCUGCUGGUCAGCAACCCUCCCUACCUGUCCCACCAGGACAUGGGGCAGCUGGCUCCUGAGAUCUGCAGCUAUGAAGACCUAGCGGCCCUAGACGGCGGGAAGGAGGGCAUGGACGUCAUUGUCCACAUCCUGGCCCUGGCGCCCCUGCUCCUGAAGGACUCUGGAAGCCUCUUCCUGGAAGUGGACCCCAAACACCCGGGGCUGGUGGGCAGCUGGCUGCAGAGCCGGCCCGGACUGGGCCUCCGUCUCGUGGCUGUGCGCAGGGACUUCUGUGGGAGGCCCCGGUUCCUGCACAUCCGGAGGUCUGGACCCCAGCGCGGCGGCGGCACUGUGGACACCUCGUCCAGGCUCCAGCCUGCUCCAGUGCCUGACUGAUCCUGCUUUCUGGAAUUCAGGUGCUCCCAUUGCUUCCAUGGGCGGCCAGUCUGGAGGGCCAGGAUGGGGAGAGCCCAGGCUGGGCUUGCCCUUCCUGGAGCAGCAUAGCGCAGACCCGGAACGGAAGGUCUGUGCCUCACCUGGCUGGCUCCAUCCUAGCACCGAGGCCGAGGGCAGGAGCUUGGCAUCCCUGCUGGGGGAGCACUGGGGACGUCCUGGGCGCUAUGGCCAGGAGAGACCAAUAAACAGUGACCCAAACUG